CAAAAUAGCGUCUGCCUUUCAGAAGUUGUUGAUCAUCUCGUGACAACUUGUUUACCUUGUAUUUUAAAAAGCGGUAAAAUGGCAGGUGCAAAAUUUGUUUAAAAUACACAGUUUUAACAAAUAUCCCGAUAACCUCAAGUUUCUUUCAUGAAUCCACAGCUCAUCCAAGAUGAAGCAUAUCUUCCUGAUUGUCAGCUUAUUCAGUGGCCUACCUUACGAAAUCCACCCGGAAAAGGUACAAUUACCAUCUUUCCAAAAGCUGAAGCUCUACUACCCCGGCCAGAAACACUUCGGAGGACAGUUCACUCACUCCGACAUUCUUCAUUCAGUCGGGGUGGUUCACCAUAUUGGAUUUCCACACGACACCAGUGCCAUUCGCCUGUCGUCUGUUCUCAACAAACUAGGGCCGCCGCAUUCACUUGGUCGGUCGCCCAUUAAAUUAUCGGGGCGCUUCGGCGAUAGUUUCGUUGGCAGGAAUGGGCUACAGUAUAUUUACCAUGCCAUAGCAUUCGGACCUUACCUAGCUGACAAAUAUGGAGAACCAGACCUAUCAGUGUUACAUCAAGUCAACGCAGUCAACAUGAAGAAAAAAUAUUGGGGUAAACAGGGGAUACUUCAGAUUAUCACGUACUCUAAUACAGGGGGUAAGCCCAAAGGACAUAUUGCAUUGUGGGAUUGUUAUCACUUACAUGAGUCUAACGACUGGAUAGAAAAGAACCGUCUUGUCACAGCUGCAUUCUGGGAAACACCAGAUUCCGAUUGCAGUUCUCCAAUCUGAUGGGACAGACACCGGAAGUGAGGAGGCCAAAGCCAUACCGGAAGUGAAAUCAUAAACAGUGCUCAUGAAACAGGAUUCGAUGUCAUGACGCUUUGAGUAAACUAGAUACAUGCUUUUUCAGUGUAGCAUAAACAAUCCGCUUUUUGAGACGGAUGGAGAGACAGAACCGGUGUGGAUUGAGCAGGGUUCCUGAAGUCCAAGGAACAGUUUUAAAUGUUACUAUGCUAUUUUCGUAUGUGGUGGGAGCUUAAAAGAGAAAGUGAGUGUCUUUUUAUGUACCACGAGAAAAAAUAGUCAUUGUGGUAUAACAAAGAUUAUUUCUCGGCAGCUAUUGUUCUACGUUUGAGUAAUUAGGAAAUACAGUUUCCGUUAAGUUCAUCCAGUACAUUAGCUAAUGAAACAGCUGACGAGAGGAGAUGAGUCUUCAUUGAAAUGUUUUUAUAUUUUAUAUUUUUAUAUAAUUUCCGUUAUUUUGUUGUCUCGUCCUCGUGACCGUCGCUAAUUUCAUGUUGUGUCUUUAUGUCAUAAAAAUACAAUCUUUAUAUGUAAA